GCCAAGCGCACCGCAGGUGGCCUGGGGCCAGCAAGAGCAGUACUGGCCGAUGCAGGACGUGUCGCCGUAUGGCGGUGCUGCAUACGCGUCCUUCAAUAUGGAUGCCGCUUCUGAGUUUAUGCAGCAGCUGGGCAUCGAUCCGGCGGAGGACACAUACUUCGGCUGGAUCGCUGAGUACGGGCUGCAGAGCGACGUGCUGCCGCCUCGCUACCAGAUGCAUAUGGACGCCAACACUGGGCGCCCCUUUUACGUGAACACCGAUGACGGCAGCAGCUCCUGGGAGAACCCGCUGAUCCCCUGCUUGGUGCCCGUCAUUGACAUUGGCCGCGGCUACUUGCAGGCGCCCUUCGAUGGCUACUUUGAGGAGCAGAAGAUGGGGCUCUGGGCUUCCCACAAGAGGGACCUGGAGGGCUGGCACGGGCCUCACGUGGACGAGGAGGGCCGGGAGUACUUCGCCAACUCGGAGAAAGGCAUCUCCUCGUGGCAGGACCCUCGACACGAGACGCAGUAUCUCUUCGAGAUCCAGAGCGGCCUGCUUGAUGCCCUGGAGGAGAUGCUGCCGCAGUACGUGCAGGACACCGACCUGCCGGGCUUCGGACUGCUGGAUCGCCAACCCCAGCUGAUGGAAGUGAGGGGCAGCAGCUUUGCGGACUGCCCCACCUCUCCGGGGCGGAGCACCCCACGCUCCCGGGUUGCCUCGCCGGAGGCGAAGAGGGACCGCGUCCACGCGGCCCUUACUGCCAAGAUGGAUCGGCCCGAGAUCAGCUACGCGGAGUGCCGGCAGAAUCUGGUGAAUGCUCUCAACCAGUUCUUCUUCAUCUACAAAGAUGAUGAGGAGGCUCAGAAGCUGCUCAUUGGCCGGAAGCUGAAGGAGAGACGACUGCGCAGGCAACGCCUUGAUGAGGAAGAACGGUCGAAGUUGCAGCAGGAGUUGGAGGAGAUGCGGCGUCACGAGGAAGAGCGGCAGAAGGAGGAGGCGGCGCGCCGGGAGGCGGCGCAGGCGGCGGAGCGCGCCAGGAAGGAGGCGGAGGAGAAGCAGCGCCGGGAGAAGGAGCAGAGAGCGGAGGAGGAGCGGCAAAGGCAGAUGCAGCAGGAGCAGCAGAAGGCGGAUGAGGAGAAGCGACGCCAGGAGGAGGCCAAGCGGGAAGAGCAGCGGAAAGUGGAGGAGGCCCGACAGAAGAAGCUGGCAGAGGAGCAAGCUGCCAACAAAGCGAAGGAAAUCCGGGAGCGGCUACUGGCGACGAUGCAUGAGCUGGCGCAGAGCCGGGAUGGAUAUGUGCUGCGGUCUGCCAUUGCAGAGGGCGAGUCUGUGG